AUGCUGUUCGCGAUCCAGCGGCUCCAUGAGCUCGCGAGGAAGAAGAGUACUGCGGUCUUCGCGUGCUUCGUCGAUCUCACCAAGGCGUACGAUUCGGUGGACCGAGAUCUGCUGUGGGACGUGCUCGGACGCUUUGGCGUGCCCCCGAAGAUGCUGGCGGUCAUUCGCCACUUCCACGAGGGCAUGAGGGCGCGGGUUCGAACGGACGACGGGCAGUACUCGGAAUGGUUUGACGUCGGCCAAGGUCUCCGACAGGGGUGCAACCUGGCCCCGCUGCUGUUCAACUUGUUCUCUGCCGCGAUGCGCAUGGUCGCAGUGA